UUUUUUUUUUUGUAUACAUCAAAUUUUGUGGAUGUGAUCUUUUGUUGAAGAUCUCCAUCGAACCCGCGAUGCGAGUACAACCUGUAAAAUGCAUCGUAAUUUUAAUAACUGUAGACUAGUGGGCCCCUUUUUAGUGUUGUUAAUUUCAUUGUAGAAGGCUGAUUUUUUAAUUGUGCGCAAUUAAAAAGACCCCUCUUGUAAUCAUUGAUUUACGUUGAAACCGCGAAAAUAUAUAGUUCAAUGUAAAAUACAUUGUAGUUAUAAGAACUUUAGACAACUUAGAAGACCCCUCUUAAUUGUUUUCAUCUAUCGAAUUGAGAAAAUAACAUAUAAAUACAUUUUAAAAAAUUAAUUGGGAUAUAGCUAUAUGUCGCUGUCAAGCUUCAAAGAAGCAUGCUCGUGAAGCUGAGUAAGAUUUUGCAAACAGGAAAUUCUAAUGACAGGUACAUAGAGCUGAACUAGGGAAUUUUAUAAAAAAAUCUUUUUCUUCAGGUUGAAAUGACGAACCCCAAGACUGUGGCCAGGGCCACCUGCAACUGCCCUCGAGGUUCCCUUCGAUGCCAUCACAUGGCAGCUCUCCUCCUCUUUGCUCAUAAAAAUAUUUCCUGCACAGAUCGAGCUUGCACAUGGACCAUGAAGACGACUUCAAAGGACAGACAGGUUGGACCAGUCGAGACUCUGAUUCCGAGUCCAUGUACUUCCGCUUCACUGAAUCGGCCCGUUAGUGAGGAGGACAAAGACUGGAUUAGGAGUCGCCUGGAUGCUCUUGGGGCCACAGUUGGCUACACAUGGCUGUUGUCCAGAGAGCCAGACAUGCCCAUUCAUGUCACUAUUGAGGACCUAAUAUUUAGUGAUGAAUACACCCAGGCAGCCGACCGAACCGCCUAUCUGGUUGAGAAAGCCGCAAAGUCACGUGAAGAGAUCCAGCAGCUGGCAGAGUCUACAGCUGGACAACGCACAAAUCCGCUGUGGCAAGUGGAGAGAAAGCUACGCCUGACCGCGAGUAACUUUGGAAAAGUCCUCAAGGCGUGUGAGAACGACAGCUUUCCUCCUUCACUCUUUCGUCACCUACUUGGCGAAUACUCACUGGAAGGUGUAAAAGCUGUCCAAUGGGGCAUCAUCCACGAACCAGAUGCUAUCAAGGCAUUUAGCGAAGCCACCAGCCUGACGCCAACGCCAACAGGGCUCUGGCUGCACGAGUCGGGCCUGUUAGGUGCAUCACCAGAUGGUCUUGUUGGAGACGAGGCUGUUCUUGAAGUAAAAUGCCCAUGGAAAUUUCGUGAGGGGUCGUUGCUAUGCCACUUGAAGGACGCCAAGGACUACAGCCUACGUUAUGAUGGCAGCAGCGUGCUUGUGAACAAAGGCCAUGACCACUACCACCAACUCCAAGCUCAGAUGUAUUUUGCGAAGCGAACUAAGGGGUACCUCACGAUCUGGAACCCAAAAGGCAGUAUCACUGUUGGCAUUAAGAAGGAUGCAGAGUGGGCAGCUAAUCUCAACAUUCUACUGCACUUUUAUCAUGACACUUUUAUUCCACACUUAUUCACGUACUAGCAAUAUGUAGAUCAUGAUUAAAGUAAUCAUGAUUCUUGUCUCACGGUUACUACAGUCAUGAUAGCUGACCAGCUUGCGUGUACUUUAAUCAGUGUUGGGAAGUACUUUAAGUACAUUGUACUUAAAAGUACUUUUUCAAGUAGGUUUAGGUAACUUGUACUUUACUUGAAGUACAUUC